AUGGACGAUUCUGCGCCGAGCGGGGGCGGGAGCGGGUUGGAACGACGCCGGCAUGUCGCCUUCUAUCUGCGCCACCUCUCGAUGCUGCCGCAGCCCUACACGUCGGCCGACAGCCAGCGCCUGACGCUCGCCUACUUUGCACUGUCUUCGCUCGACCUGCUGGGCGCCAUCGAGGGAAAGAUUUCGCAGGCGGACCGCGCCGAGUACGCCGACUGGAUCUACGAGCAGCAGUGCUCGGCGGAGCGCGGCGGCGGCUUCCGCGGAGGGCCCGGUGUCGGCUCUGCCGUGCCCUCGCUCGCCACGCUGGGGCCAUCGGCUUCGGCCGCAGCGGCUCACGCCGUCGAUGUCGAUGUCGAAGUCGAAGUCGACGCCGGGCUGCCUCCUGUUGCCUCAUCGCCGCGCCCGUCUCGUGUCCUCGAGCGCCUGGGCGGUGGCAAUCUGGCAAUGACCUACACGGCGCUCCUCUCGCUGGCCAUCCUCCGAGAUGACUUUGCCAGGCUGGACCGCGCCGCGAUCCUGGCCCACCUCUCUUCCUGCCAGCAGCGCGACGGCUCCUUUGCGCCCUCGGUAGGCCACCGCGAGUACGACUGCCGCUUCCUCUUCUGCGCCUUUGCCGUCUGCUGGAUGCUCGACGACUGGUCGGCCAUCGACGUCGACCGUGCCAUCGGCUUCCUUCGACGCAGCCGCUGCUGGGACGGCUCCUUUGGCCAGUCCGAGACCCAAGAGGGCCACGGCGGCUCCACCUACUGUGCCGUCGCGGCCCUCGCAUUGGCCAACCGGCUCGACGAGCUCGACGAGGUCGAUGAGAGCGCAGCACCACCGACGGCGUCAAGCUCGGGCUCGAGUGCGGCCACCGACAGCACCAGCACCGCAGGAGGCGGUCGAAGGGCAGAGCUCGAGAGGUGGCUGCUCAGCAGGCAGCAGAGCGGCACCGGCUUCAACGGCAGGCUCGAAAAGCCCGUCGAUACGUGCUACUCGUUUUGGUGCGGCGCCGCGUUGCAGAUCCUCGGACAGCACCAUCACAUCGACGCGGCCUCGGACAUUGGCUGGAUCCUGUCCGCCGUGUCGCCCGUCGGCGGCAUCUCCAAGGUGCCCGACGACCCGCCGGACCUGAUGCACUCGUACCUCUCCACCGCGGCGCUCUCGCUGCACGCGCACGGCGAGCCGGCGCAGAGCGAUGAGAUCGAGUCGGACGACGCGGCGGCGGUAGCGCUCAGAGCAGGGCUGCGGUCCAGCCUUCAGCCUCUGGAUCCAGCGUUGAACCUGAGCGAGAGCUCCAAGGCCUGGCUCGUACAGCAUCUUCAUCGGCAUCGAUAG